GGCCAUCCUCUUCUUCAUUUUCCGGUCCCGAGCUCCUCCCCUUCCGGUGAAAACAAGCCCGCGUGUGCCACAGUCCGCGAGCCCGCGUGUGCUGCCGUGUUUUGUCGUGGAAGGACGCCGGCCGUUGGAACCUCGGACCCCGCAACAGAGCGGUCGCGCUCGCCAUGAGUUUUGUGGAAUAUUCUGAAGUUAUUCAAGACUCGGAUGUUGCCAUCAUUUACCUGGGCCACAAUUCCGUGAUGCCCGUCAAAGUGCAGCAUGGCGCCCAAACCCAAACGCGCUAUGGAGUCAUCCGCCACUCCUCUGACCUGAUUGGCCAGCGUUAUGGGUCAAAGGUCACCUGCAGUAAGGGUGGCUGGGUCUAUGUUCUUCACCCCACACCAGAGCUGUGGACCGUCUCCCUUCCACACCGGACCCAGAUUCUCUACACCACCGACAUCGCCACCAUCACCAUGAUGCUGGAUCUGAAGCCCGGUUCCGUCGUUUGCGAGUCGGGUACCGGCAGUGGCUCUCUGUCCCACGCCAUCCUGCGCACCAUAGCCCCCACAGGUCACCUGCACACGGUGGAGUUUCACCAGCAGCGGGCAGAGAAGGCAGCCGAGGAGUUCAGGGAGCACCGCGUUAGUCAUCUGGUCACCGUCAGGAACCAAGACGUGUGCAAGGACGGCUUUGGAGUGAUGGGAGUGGCGGACGCCAUCUUCCUGGACAUCCCCAGCCCGUGGGAGGCGGUGGGACACGCCAAGGCUGCCCUGAAGAAGCAUGGAGGCCGGCUGUGCUCCUUCUCCCCCUGCAUCGAGCAGGUUCAGAAGACGGCCGAGGCGCUCACAGACCACGGCUUUGAGGAGAUCAACACCCUGGAGGUUCUACUGAGGGUCCACGACGUCAGGACCGUUUCCCUGCCGCUGCCUGACUUCGGUCCAGACUGCUCUGCCCAUCCUGAGCCGGACGCCAUGGAGGCUCCUCCUCCUGCUCCCAGCCAGACCUCCAUCAACAUAAAGACAACCACGCCGCCAAGAGAACUACCCGGUCACACGGGAUACCUCACCUUCGCCACGAAACCCAGAACGUGACGCUCUGCAGCAGAACUUUUCGGUAACAAAUCCAGCAGGAGCGCCUUACGUCUGGACAGAGGUUCAUGUGGGCAGAUUCGAUUAGGAUUAAUCCCUGGAAUAUUUAGAUUUCUUUGAUUUAAAUCCAGGCAGCAGUUUUUCUUAGGCAGGAGGAGGUUAGACUUUCUGUUUCUGAGUGCAGUAUGAUGGGAGAAUCUGUUCCCACCCCACAUUCCUUUCUCCAAUGUUUCUUAACAUUUUAAGAUGCCAAAGAACAAAAUCCCAAAGGGAGGUGUGUUUUUUUUUUCAGACCAGACAAUAAAUUUUCUUCAGCAAAACA